AUGGAUUUCCUGGUUAGCCAUGGCUACCGCGUGAUUGCCCACGACCAGCGUGGCCAUGGACGUUCAACGCAAAAUUGGACCGAACAUAACAUGGAGAUAUUCGUGGAUGACCUCGAAGAGCUUUACAAGCAUCUUGACAUCAAGAAUGCUAUGAUAGUCGGAAAUUCACAUGGCGGAGGCGAAGUUACUCGCUUUCUCGGAAAGCACGGCACAAGUCGAGUAAAGAAAGCUGUCCUUGUUGGAGCGGUGCCACCUCUCAUGUUAAAGAGCUCAGCCAACCCGGGGGAACCGAAAACAAGAACCGUGCCUCAAUUAUUUCUGGACGUUCAAACCGGGCCGUUCUUUGGAUUUAAUCGACCUAACGCGGCGAAGAGUAAGGGUCAAAUUCGAAGCUGGUGGGAACAGGGUAUGAGAACGAGCUUCAGGGCCGCGUACGAUUCCAUCAAAGACUUUUCGGAAACGGACUUCACCAAGGACCUCAAAAGCAUCGAUAUUCCCGUUCUUGUUCUUCAUGGCGAUGACGACCAGAUUGUGCCCAUUGGCGCAGCUGGUUUGAAGUUGGCAAAGCUUCCGCCCCAAGGGAAGCUUCAGAUUUAUCCCGGGGGCUCUCACGCAAUUCACAACGUCAGCGUUGAUGAAGUGAACAAAGAUUUACUAGAUUUCAUCAAGUCUUGA